GGCGUGGCUUAGCCGCGUACCGACGUCACUAACUGUAUAAAUUCAGGCAGUUCUCCUGGCGUGUGACCGACGUUCCUUAUUUUGGGUUGAGUGAUUACAGAAACAGAAAACAACUGCUUCAUUAGAGUGCCAUGGCACGUACCAAACAGACCGCCCGUAAGUCCACCGGCGGCAAAGCCCCCAGGAAGCAGCUUGCCACUAAGGCGGCCAGGAAGAGUGCGCCCUCCACCGGUGGAGUCAAGAAGCCCCACAGAUACCGUCCUGGUACUGUGGCUCUUCGUGAGAUUCGUCGGUACCAAAAGUCCACUGAGUUGCUGAUCCGCAAGCUUCCAUUCCAGCGUCUGGUUCGUGAGAUCGCUCAGGACUUCAAAACCGACCUGCGUUUCCAGAGCGCUGCCAUUGGAGCCUUGCAGGAAGCAAGUGAAGCGUACUUGGUUGGUCUGUUUGAGGACACAAACUUGUGUGCCAUCCACGCCAAACGUGUCACCAUCAUGCCCAAAGACAUCCAGCUGGCCCGUCGUAUCCGUGGAGAGCGUGCCUAAACUCUCUUCUAUUUACUCAACCUUUUUUGUGUGGAGGAAUAUAUGUGGGAGGGGUUUGGUGCAAGGGUGGGUUAGGAGGGUGGGACAUCAGGGUUCUUACACUACUAUAAAUGCCCGUGUAGUUAAAGUUAGGGUUUUUUUCUUUUUUGGUAGGGGAGGGGUGUUUUGUGGGUACAGUUGAUAGGGGGGGGGGGGGUAGUAGUAGUGUCAGAACAUUCCGGGAGCUCCUCAGGUUUUUAAAGUUUGUAUUUUAGACUUUCAUAUACCUCUGCCUAGUCUGCAUGCUUCAUGAUGAAUUAGUGUCAGUUUUAUUUGUUAUUGGAAUUUUUUUUUUUUUUUCCUCUUCUAUUGUGGCCAUUUGGUUGUAAAUAAAAACUUUCCACUACCUCAA